AGUCUCACCGGUACCGUAAUUAAUUCAAGGUAAAUGGCUUACCGCUUCCAUCGGGGUGUGAACGAAUUGUGGCCUUGCGGCACGCGAUAAUGACAAUGGGGGAGGGGGGGGGUGUCAACAACAAACUAGUAGUCGCGAGAUCAGAUGCCACAUUACAAGUCUGCAUGUGAGUGGUGACUCAAGUUUCCCCCGAUGCCGUCAUUGUCAAAGUUAAAUGCCACGGUCGGUGGUGCCACGACCGAUGUUCAUUGCCCUCGCCGUUCGCAACACGCGACCGCUCGAUGCCGAGGCUGCGUGAAUUGCGCGGUAUUUGUCGGUGCUCUCCGGCGAGCGAGCGUCUCCGUGCGUGUCCGUGCGCGUAAAGCAGGCAGGAUUCUCUGGAGGCGUGUACCAGCCUGCUUCAGCACGAAGUCCAGCGCUGCGAGGACCUACUCAAGCGCGCUGACACGUACCUACAGGCUGACAUUCGGCGCAUGGAGACGGGCCACCAGCCGUGGCACAUGGCCGAGACGGACGAGUGCCUCUGGGAGGCGGAGCAGCUCGUGCAGAGCCUCUACCAGGAGGCGCACGUGCUCACCGAACGGCAGCACCCGCACUCCGAGUGCCUGAAGGCCAGGAUCGCCAGCCUGCGUGGAGAGCUGCAGGUGCUGCAGGAGCACCGCGCGCGCCUGCAGCCCCAGAACGGCGCGCGGAGCCCCAUGAAGCAGCGCGAGGCCAUCCUGUACACGGGGCAGCGUUUCAAGGGCAAGGGCGGGCAGCGGGUGGCGGGCGAGUCAGAAACCAUGCAGUUCAUCACGGAGCUGCUCGCCUGGGUGGAGCGCAGCGAGGUUCACAUUGAGAAUAUCAGGUGGGGGGAUAGCAAGGCAACUGUGGAAUCUCAGUUCCAGAGCCACACGGAUCUGCACAAUAUGAUCGAAGUCAUCGGAGAGCGGGUGGAGGAAGCCAAACUUCUCGAGGCAUCUGUGCCCCAGUCUUACAGACGCAAGUACCAAGAGGCACUCCAGGCACUGAUCUCCAAAUACUCCAGCUUGACGGACAUCUCAACGAGCUACAUGAAGGAUGUGAGCAAGCUGAACGACUUCGUCGGCCGCGCCACCGCCGAGCUGAUCUGGCUCAACCAACACGAGGAGCGCGAGAUCGCCUAUGACUGGAGCGACCACAGCCUGCCCAAUCUCGCUGCCAAGAAGGACUCCCACUCUGAGCUGCUCAAGGAGAUGGAGAGGAAGGAGAUAACCAUCAACCGCAUCCAGGGUCUGGGCAACCAGAUGCUGCAGAACAACCACCCUGCCGUCGACAGCAUCGAGGCGUUCAUGGGCGCUCUUCAGACCCAGUGGAGUUGGCUGUUGCAGCUCAGGCAAUGUAUCGAGGUGCAUCUUCAAGAGAACACGACAUAUCAGCAGUUCUUUAGCGAUGCCAAGGAAGCAGAGCUGUUCCUCAAGAGGCAGCACGAGGUCAUUCGCCAGAAGUACACGUGCGACAAGCACGCAAGCCUGGAGCACGUGGAGCAGCUGCUGCAGAAUCUGGCGGAGGAGAGAGACUCCUACAUGAAUUACAGACAAACGGUGGCCAACGUCGCCGGCCGAGCCAAAACCAUCGUCCAGCUGAAGCCGCGUCACCCAGACCACCCCGUGCACAGCGCCCUGCCCAUCAAGGCCCUGUGCGAAUACAAACUCGACGAGAUGAUGAUUGCCCCUGGCGAUCAGUGCAUUCUGAUGGACAACUCUCGCCGCGUCACCUGGAGGGUGAUCGGGCCGGGCGGUCGCGAGAUCUCGCCCCUGUCACUGUGCUUCAUGAUCCCGCCCAUCAACAAGGAUGCUCUGGAGAUGGCGAACAGGAUUGACCACCUCUACGAAGGCAUCCUCACUCUGUGGUGCCAAGUAACCAUCAGCCUCAAGUGUCUGCUGUACUGGCGCUACAUGCUGAGAGACAUGGGCAAGAUCUACUCGUGGAGCGUGCAGAAGAUGCCGUCGCACAACGAGUACUGCCAGCUCAUCGCGAGCCUCGAGUCGCACUACGAGAACUUCGUCAAGUUCAGCCAGGACGCCCAGAUGUUUGACAUCAACGACAUCAACCAGAUCAAGGUGGAGUUCGGUCAGGCGCUCAAGUACGCGAGCGACGUGGACCCGCAGACGUGCGUCUCGCAGACGGCACAGCGCCAGACGGUGCCAGUGCUGGUGACGGAGCCAACCAAUACUCUGCCACCGCCACCUCCUCCGGCACCUCUGCGUGACAUCGUCCCGGAGGUGCAGCUCCUGCUGCAGCAUUUGCAGCGCAUAGAGGAGACGGUCGGACAGCUGUCGAGCACGCCGCUGCCUGGCUACAACCUCUCCCGCGAGGUCGACGACAAGAUGUCCCAGUACCAGAACGUGUGCUCCGAGGUGGAGGUGGCGCGCUCCAGGCUGGAGCGCCUGUACCAGUACCCGCCCGACUCGCUGGGCUAUUCAGAGCUCAGCAGUGCCAGCCAGAGGCUGGAACAGUUGAUGCGCCUUCUGGAGAAAUGCCACCAGCAACUCAAGGGACUGGAGGGGCUGGUUCGCUGCCUGGGGGAGGUGGAAUCGCAGGUGGAGCUGUUUGAAGGCCGCCUUGUGGAGAGCGUCUGUGUCCCCGUCAGCCACCCCGGCAUUCAGUCGCACGUCACCCUGCUCAAGCAAUGGGUCUCCGAGGUGGAGCAGAAGGGCUGGCUGCUGCAGCGCCUGCAGGAGGAGCUGCAGAAGGCCGGGGACUUGCUGGGCGGCGGCGGCGGCGGCGGCUGCGGGUGGCCUUCUAAGCAGGGCUCGCACCGCGGUGGCCAGGAGCUGGGCCGACACGUGCGCAGGGCCGAAGAGCUGACCCAACGUUGGCACAUGCUCCACGAGCAGAUGGGAGUCAGGCUGCGGGACAUGGAGCGCCUGAGCGCGCGGCUCCUGCCCACCUUCCAGGACAGGCAGCGCUCGCUGAGCCGCUGGCUCGACGAUGCGUCGGCCCGCAGCGACCGCCUGCAGCUGCCGGCCGCUGCGAGCGACGCGGCCUCGCUGGACGAGCGCAUCCGGCAGCAGACGGCGCUGGUGAGUGAUCUGGAACGCAACAAAGCCAAAGUGGAUGAAUUGCACACGUUCUCAGAAGACUGCAUCAAGUCUAUCAAGGAGUAUGAAGGCCACCUGGCCGCCUACCGUAACGUCGUGCAGAAGUUCCAGAACAAACACCUGGAGAAGCAGCACGAGUGCAUGGCUGACACCAUCGAGAAGGAGUACAAGGACAUAUUCAAUCGCUAUAAUGAGCUGCUCAACGCCAGUGCUCAGCAGCUGCUGGUCACUCGGAGGAAGAUCAACGAGACCGACCAGGAGUUCUUCCUCAAGGCCAAAGAGGCUGAGAUCUUCCUCAAGGAGAUGCUCGACUCCCUGCUCAGGAAGUACGGCUGUGACAAGUGCAUGAGCUUCUCUCGCCUGGAGGUGCUGGUGCGCGAGGCGGAGGGCGAGGGGGAGAAGAUAGCGAGGGAGCGCCACUCCGUGGACUCGCUGCAGAAGCAGAGCAAGACCCCCAAGCACCAGGACGCCGUGGACAGGAUCGAGCGGCUGUACCAGCAGAUCCAGGAGGCGUGGAGGCAGGUGGAGCUGAAUCUGCAGAGCUUGCUGGCCUGGCACCAGCUGCAGAAGGCGGUGGCCACCAUCUCCGGGUGGACCCUGCCCACGAUCAAGACGCUGCGUAAGGAGGAGCUGGACGGGGCCAUACAGAACCUCGACUCCCAGUACAACACCCUCGUGAGCAAGAGCCACGGGUCAGAUAUCAUUCUUCCGGACGACUGCGUGCAGUCGGAGGGCGAUGUCAGGGGCUGCAAGCAGCACUACCACAUGCUUCUCACCCGCCUCACGCAAGUGUGCCGCGAGGAGGAGCUGUGUCACGACAGCCUCUCUCGGCUGCGGGAGUUCAUGCGCCUGGCGGACGGAUUCCGCGAUCAGAUCCUGCAGCGGGUGCGCGCCCCGUUGGAGCACAACGCGGCCCAGGACAUCUCCACGCGCAUCUUCGAGCAGGAGAGACUCGACUGCGAAGUUCGCAACCUGCGGGACACGGCGCUGCGCGUGGGGGCAGCCUGCGUGGAGGAGCACGACCAGCCCUCGUCCUGCCCCCUCCUGCCCGGCCUGGAGGCCGACCUGGCCGAGGCCUCGCGCCAACUCGACCUCGUCGUCAGCCUCUCCGCCGACUGCCGCGACGACCUCAAGUGCCUCGAGGUGUUGGUGAAGGGCUGCCAGGAGGCGGAGGAGGUGGUGGGGACACUGGAGAGCGAGCUGCUCAAGUCCGACGUGGUGCCGGGCGACCGCGAUGAGGCCGACCGCAUGCGCUCCUGCCUGCAGCAGAGGCAGAGCGAGUUGGCGAAGGAUUCGGCAUUCGCGCGCCUGGAGCGCGAACUGCAGGCCGCCAGGGAGGUGAAUGAGCGCCUGGCGCGCCACCACGGGGAACGCGACGCCAAUGUGGAGCGCUGCCGUGAGCACGUGGAGCAGCUGCUGGAGCGCUGGAGGAGCGUACGGCACCACGUGGACGGACGCCUGGGACAGCUGGCGGAGCUGGGCCCGCUGCUGCACAGCUACGCACAGAGCUCGGGGAGCCUGACACGCUGGCUGGACGACGCAGCGCGUCGCCACGAAGCCCUGCAGGGAACCCUGCACGUCGACGAUGGCCAUGAUCUCAAGAACCUCAUAUUGGACAUUCAGAGCAAACAGCAGAUGAUGGACGAAUGUCAGAAGAGCUGCGAGCAGUCCUGCUCUGACCUCAAGGACUACGAGGUGCUGCUUCUGACCUACAGGACGCUCGUUGAAAAGUUCCAGCCCAACUUCUACCGCCGGAACAAGAUCUCCUCCCCCUCCGAUCGCAUCACGCAGGAUUACAUCAACCUACGCACCCGCUAUAACGAGUUGCUGGCGACCACAAACCAGGCCUUGCAAUUUGAGUUCCUGGCAGAGGCGCACGAGCUGGAGGAAGGUCUGAAGAGCGUGCAGGAGACGCUGAGGAGGGCGGCCACUGAGAAGCCAGGGAGCCUGGUUCGCCUCGACCAGCUGCUGCUCGACAUGGCCGUGGUGCAUCAGCGUCUGCAGGAGACCAAACCCCGCGUGGGACUGCUGCCCGGCCGAGCCAAGAGCAAGGACCAACAGGAGAAGGCCCACAGACUCCAGCAGCUGCAUGCAGAACUCUUGGUUCAGUGGGAGCGCCAGUCGGGAGGGCUGCAGGGCCACCAGGUGAUCCAGCGCCUGCAGGAUGACAUUCGCACCGUCACCAGCUGGAACGAGCACUCGCUGAAGUUGGUCCCGGAGCACGAGCAGUCGCGCGUCAUGGCCUCGCUGGAGAAGCAUCUGGCCGAGUUCACGGCGGCGGCGCAAGCGGGCGGCUGGGUGGGAGUGGGCGAGCGCUUCAAGGUGGAGAAGGAGGCCGAGACGGCGCGCCAGCACUACCAGGCGCUGCUCAGCAAACUCCGCCGAGAGUCCGAAGAGGAGCAGCGUCUGCAGGAGCUCGUGAGGCAGCUGAGCAGGAAUCGGCAGAAGAUGGAGGACUUUGAGAGACUCAUUGUCCAGAAGAUCCACGUGCCCGUCACUCGCUGCUCGGAAAAUGCCCAGCGAAUCUCAGAGUUGCAGAGGGCCCACCAGGACGUGGAGGGUUUGCGAGCAUCGCUGGAGGACGUGCGCUCCCUGGGUCUCGGGGGCCCCGGCGCCGCUUCCCUGGCCCCGGAGCUGGGCGCUGCCUCCCAGAGGCUCCACCAGAUCCUGAACCUCUCGUCGCACGCCACUUCAGAGGUGCAGGCCCUGCAAGCGGCCCUGCAGGACGCGGAGAGCCUGGAGCCGCGCCUCGUGGAGCAGGAGCACAAGCUGGCGGAGGAGAGCGUCGCGCCCGGGGACGUGCCCUCCAUCCUCAACGCGCUGGACCGCCUCAAGGACAUGGAGCACAGGAUGCACCAGGAGAAGGAGGGCUUCCCGCGGCUGGAGGGGCACGUGCGGGAGGCGCGCGCCGCCAACGACGAGCUCAUGCACGCGUGCGGCCAGCGAGACCCCAACCCGGACGCGGUGCGGGAGCGCGCCGACGACUUCCAGCGCCGCUGGGCUGCCAUGCGCGCCCAGAUCGACAGCAGGAGGCAAAGCCUGGAGCAGAUGCGCGGCAUCCUGCAGUCGUUCCGUGGUAGCCACGAGGAGCUGAACCGCUGGCUGGACGAGAGCUCCAUCUGGCAGGAGAAGAUCCAGCACAUGAAGCCUGACAACUGUCAGGUCAUCAACGACACCAUUGAGCAGCUCAAGAAAUUCCUGCCGAAGAUCGAAGAGAAUGAAUUGAAGUUGAAUAAGUGCAAGGAGCUAUCGGAGCAGUUUGCGGCCACUCUGAAGGACCAUGAUGUGCUCCUCAUGAGCUUCAGGAGAGUGGCAGGCGGCCAAGAUCUUCAAGGCCGAAGGGAGAAGCCCGCCAAUGACAUCAUCAAGCAGUAUGUGGACAUCUACACCCGCUUCACAUCUAUGAAGACGACGAUCUACGAAUAUCUGAAAUUCCUCAAUGGAAUAAUUUUACCGCUCCGUGCCGAUGAGUUUCUGAAGGAGGCUGGAGAGAUCGAGACGUCGCUGCGGUCCCGGAAGGAGGCGAUCGGCCGCAAGUACGCCUGUGACCGCACGGCCAGCGUGGCUCGCCUCGAGAGCCUGCUGGAAGACUGCAAGGAGGAGCAGAGAAACGUCCCCGAUAGGGAACUGCAGAGGCGCUUUAACGCAUUAGCGGAGAGGGCCAAGGUUCCAGCUGAGCACGAGGCGGUGUCCCGCAUCAAGCUGCUCUUUGCCGAAAUCCCCAAGCAGCUGCAGGAGACACUGGGCAGCCUGCAGGGUGCCCUUGCCUGGCAGCGCGUCAGGAAAGACAUCACCGUCAUCCAGGCCUGGAACCUCGACUCGUUCAAGAAGAUGUCGAGCCAGGAGCGGGAGGAGCGCAUGUCCGGCCUGCGCGGCCACCACGAGGAGUUCCGGCGCGCGGGGCAGCGGGCGGGCAGCGUGGGGGUCCCCGAGUGGACGUCCGUGCAGGCGGACGUGGAGGCUUGCGAGCGCCGCUACCGGGAGCUGCAGGAGAGGCUGCGCUUGGAAUCGGAGCAGAAUGCCAUGUGCAAGAAGACGGUGGGCAACCUGCAGUCCAUGGGGUCACGCAUGGACACGUGCAGAGAGAGGAUCUCGCUCAUCAUCCGAAAGAUCUUCCACAGCAACCCGGCCGUGGAGAACGCGCAGAGAAUUCGUGAAAUCCAGGAUCUCCGCCGUGAGGCCGAGCAGGCGAAGGUGGACUACCAGCGGAUGAAACAGGAGUGCCUGGCGGUGAUGGCGGCCGCUCACCAGGUGGAGGGGCGCUCCUCCAUGAACGAGCUGCUGCAGGCCAACCAGAGGAAGGUGGACGAGGCGUGUGGCCUUGCAGCCGUCGCCACGGACGUGUUCCAGAAGAUAGACUUUGUCGUAAAGAACACGGAGCGAGCAGAGUCCCAAGUGAAGGAUUACGAGAGGAGACUGUGUGAAGAGGAAUUGCGUGCAUGCGACGCCAACGGCAUCAAGACUCAAAUCAACCACAUCAAGCACCUGGAGAGGCAGGCGGCCGAGAACCAGUGGGCCUUCCAGGAGCUGGAGCGGCAAGUGGAGGCGGCACGCUCCUCCAACGACAAGAUGCACGCGGCGCACGGCGAGCGCGACGGCAAUCUGGAGCGCUACGGGGGCAGGGCCGACGACAUGGUCAAGCGCUGGCGCCAAGUGCGCGCGCACGGCGUAGAGUGCCUCAAGCCGCUGGAGUCCACGCUGCAGUCCAUGUCCAACUACGAGCAGUCUCAUGUGAGCCUGCGCCGCUGGUACGACGACGUGAUCGCUCAGCUCGAGCAGCUCAAGAGCAUCAAGGGAGACGACGACCACGAGCUCAAGAUGGCCAUCGCCCGCUUGGAGAAACUUGUGGAAGAGAUUGAAAAGAACAACCGCAGCCUCGGCGACUGCCAGAAUUAUGCUGAGCAGGUCACAGAGACACUGAAGGCUUACGAAACAAUUCUGCGCAAGUACCGAGUGCUGCUGACCAAGGAUUAUGGCUACAACUUGCCACCGCAGAAGAACUUGGUGUACGACGGCCUCCUGAAGGAGUACAUGGAGCUGCAGGCUCGUCUCAAGGAUCUGGGCGGCGUGAUCCACGACCUGCAGGGGAAGCUGCAGGCCAAACUCACGUUCCGCGUGCACCACAUCCUCCGCAAGGUCCUCGUCAUGGUCGACGGCAUCGAGAUGCCCCUGAUGGACGCCUUCGACCAGGGCCACAUCUCCAAGGAGAAGUUCGCCGAGCUCGUCUCCUGGCAGGGAGAGAAGCAGGAGCUGGAGCUCAUCAGCGAGGGAUGCCAGAUCUAUUCGGCAGAUGGCAUCAACUACCAGGCCACGGCCUUCUAAGGCCUUUGGGCCUCGCUGCUAAAAGGCGCCCGGCACUACAGGGCACUCCUGGGCAGUGGGUGGCACUGCUGACUGAGCUGCUCUGUAGGACGAUGGCUGAUCACGUGGUGUAGCAGGGAGAUAAAAGUUCACCAUAACUGGGAUAGCCUCUAGAGAAGUGGUUUUUCAAUCGUUCUUAAUCCAGGAACUUCUGUACUGCCAACCCUCACUUUUUUUUUCACAGACCACCAUGCACCAAUAGCAUCUCUUUUGAAAAGACAAAAUACUCAAAAUCACCGUAUGUACAACAGUUCCACAGACCGAUUCUCACAGCCUUGCGGACCACCAGUGAUUCACGGACCACUGGUUAGGAACCACUUCUGGUGAGGAUGCAAGGUUUCGUGUAACAAUAACAGUGCUCUCUGUUUACUCAGGACGGACAGCCUCAACAAGCAUGAGGAUUAUUUUCCGGAGGAUCCUGCUGCAUUGGGAUUGCUUGGCCAAUUGCAUUAAUGUGUGUUUGGCUUCACGCGGGCGGUGGACGCCAAUCCAUAGGGAAAUUCCAGCAUUCGAUGGGAUAACAAUUUAAAAUUCUGCCCAGAUCGAUUCAUUCCACUUGCUGCACUACCAUCUCCUGGUCACCUCGCAGCUCAGUGGGUUUGGAAAUGUCACAAAGUUCGUGUGAUCUGCCAACCACCACCUUCCAAAGUGCCGGACUACAGGCUUGUGCCACCGCACCUGGCUUUAGAAGAUAGAGUGCACGUGCUUGAUCUGCUUAUGGCUCAAUGAUACGAGCAAUGCUGCCUGGUAGAUACAAUAUUGUUUAAACCCGCGGGCUUAUGGUGAAAGCAGUCGAGAAACUAUAGUGAUAUUGUUGUGUGGAAGGAGAUGGACGCUCAAUGGAAGUAGAAAGAAUAGUAUUUUGAAUGCCACAGUAGUAUUUCCCGCACCUCCGAUUAGCACGGUUGGUUACGUACGGUGCGAAAGAAGUUCAACAUACAUACAUACGUAGUAUUUGUCACGGGACGCAUGGGAAAGCUCUUGUUUAUUGGUUAUACGACACCAUGCUCUCCUUCUUUGGUGCUUCUGCAAACCGUAGCAAAGGGUUAUCACUUGAGGUUUAAUCAAACUUAGCGAAGGAUUUUAUCCGACACACAGGCAGAAACGUAGAAGAUAAUGCUGGAUUCAUAUAUGCUAAGUGUAUGCUUUUAUUGGGGUGUUUAUCGCUGCUUUGAGCAUUUUAGGGGAUACGCUAUUUCUUAUAAAACGUUUGGUAUGAAAGCAAAGUAGUCAAGCUCUAAAAUUACACCCUUUAAUUUGUAUUGUUUUACUGGCUUCGGUUUUAAAAAGAAAUAAAGCAACGCCUCACUGUGUUACUUUAAACGGCUUCUUCGUAAAUGGUACAACAAAUGACAGUCGUGUAAGCAAAAAAUACGUUCCACACAAUAAAAGCACAAGACAAAAUCGUGGCAUACUUUGCACGUCAGGAUGA